UCACAAUCGAAGAUGACGUCUGCGGAUGCUGGCGUGUUGCAAAAAUCGAUAGAGCCGAAUACAUACUCUCCUUCUGUGAGCAAGGGAACCGUCAGCACUAGAUGGGGAGAAACGCUUGCCGAGCUCAAGUAUACGUUCACCACCAAAGAUGGUUGGAUAGGCGACUACGAUUAUCUAUAUCUUAUCACGCCUAAUAUCUGGCCUCUGAACAAAAAGUACCGAGACUAUCAAGCUCCAUUCUAUGGGCUGAACGACCGGGUUCCUGUCCUGCUCACCAUCUUACUUGGCCUUCAACAUGCGUUGUGUAUGAUCGGUUCCAUCGUUUCUCCGCCUCUGGCCAUCGCUUCUGGAGCUUUCAAUCUUGACCCAGCUAUGACCGAAUAUUUGGUGUCCACCGCCUUCAUAACCACAGGUCUUGCGACAGCGCUUCAAGUCACCCGCGUCCAUAUCAUGAAAACCCCCUUCUUUAUUGGUACAGGGCUACUCUCAGUUGUCGGUCCCACUUUCGAUAUUCUCCCCAUUGUUUUCAAUUAUGCGGCGCUCCGAUACAAGUCUGGUACAUGUCCAAGUCUCGAAGACGGGACUCAAGGACCGUGUCCUGAAGCUUGGGGCGCGUGUCUGGGGACCAUGCUUUGCUGCGUCUGGAUCCAAAUCGGCAUGGCGUUUGUUCCACCGAAGAUCCUGAACAGACUCUUCCCCAAACUCAUUACCGGCAGUCUACUCACCCUCAUCGGCGUCUACUUAGUCGGGAAUGGCCUGCAGAACUGGGGCGGCAGCUCCAACUGCCACGGCGGAGAAGGCUUCUACGAACUCUGUCCCAAUAUCUCUGCGCCCAAGCCACUUCCCUGGGGCGACCCGAAACUAAUCGGCCUCGGCUUCAGCGUGUUCGCCACAAUCGUUCUAGUGGAGAGUAUCGGAGCCCCUUUGAUGCGUUCAGCGUCCGUCAUUAUCGGUUUAGCUGUAGGUUGCAUCGUCUCGGGCGCCACAGGCUACUGGUCUACGGAGCAGCUCAACCGCGCACCAUCCGGCACCUUCCUCUGGGUGCACACCUUCAAACUAUCCGUCGACGGCGCCCUCGUUCUCCCCAUGAUUAUAAUGUUCGCCUGUCAGGCUGUAAGCUGUAUCCCCGACAUCCUCGCCACCGCAGAACUUUCCAGCGUCCCCAUUGAAGGAACAGACUUCAACUCCCGCAUCCAAGGCGGGAUCCUCUGCGACGGCCUGGGAAGCUUCUUCAGCGCUCUAGGCACCGGACCCCCCAUGGUAUCACAAGCCGGAAACAACGGCGUCAUCGUCCUUACUGGCUGCGCCUCUCGACGCGCUGGGUGGUGCGCCAGCGCAUUCCUCAUCCUCAUGGGUAUCAUUGCGAAGUUCGGCGCUGUUUUCGCUAGCAUGCCGCCGUCUGUUCUCGGGGGUAUGCAGGUUUUUCUCUACAGCACUAUCGCUGUUGCGGGGAUUCGCGUUCUUGCGCUUAUUGCUUGGACGAGGCGGGAUCGGUUUAUUCUUACUGUUGCGUUGGGGAUUGGGUUCAUGGAUAUUUGCCAGCCGGAUUGGUUUAAGAGCAUUUUGGAUUAUAGUGGGCCGAAUGUUAAUUUAGUGGGGUUUGAGCAGGGGAUCAACCUGGCGGUUGAGACGCCGUUUGUCGUUGCGGCUAUUGUAGGGGUAUUCUUGAAUGGCGUAUUGCCGAGAGAUAGAGGCGGCAUGCCUACAGUUGGGAGUUAUGGAGAUGAGCAUAGACAUCCGGUGAUUGGGGAGCGUAAAGAUUAGUUUAGCAGUCUGAAGGUCUGGUCUCGGAGUGAUGGAAGCACCGAGUCACAGGCUCACAGCUACGAACCGUUUCAUGGGUCAUGAUUGUGAUGCAAUUCAAUUCCAUUGUUUAUGCUAACAGCCUAUAUGUAACUUUUCCAUCUAGAUCUACGUAUAUGUACCAACUGGGCCCUGUAUCAAAACAUUCCAUCCACGCCCACAACGAAAGAAUAACAGUGAUUCCCAAUUUACUCAUAACACCAAAGAACAGACUCGACCUACCCAAACCAAAAGAAACAAAGAUCACCGCUACACCUGGGUAUCUACUACCGCCAGCUCAUCGUCCAUUUAUAAUCUGUUCAUCAAUAUCUAACACAGUACAUCUACCUCCU